CCAUGAUAUUUGUUUCACAGAUCCUCUUCGGAUCGCGUAACGGACAGAGUGUUACGCUCUCAUUAUUCUGUUUGAUUUUACGCCAGUAUACUUAAGAAAAUCACUCUAAUUCCUGUUUAAUUGGGACGCACCUCUUUAGAAGAAUGGCUUACCGUGAUCGUGAACGUGGCGACAGAAGGGGUGGUGGAGCCAGGGGAGGUGGUCGCUUCGGUGGACGAGAUGCGAGCGUUGGAGGAAGAUUCGGUAGUAACUCUAACAGAGACAGUAGUUUUGGGAACAGUAAUUUUAAAAACCGACAACCCGGUGAACGUUUACGCAAGCCCAGAUGGGAUAUGAGUACACUGCAGCCAUUUAGAAAAGAUUUUUAUCAACCUCAUCCCAAUGUUACAACUCGAACGUCUCACAUAGUCGAGGCAUACCGUUCAGACAAGGAAAUCACUGUGAAAGGCACGAAUGUACCAGGGCCGAACAUAUAUUUCGAAGAAGGCGGAUUUCCAGACUACGUUUUAACCGAAAUCCGUAGACAAGGUUUUGGUGAGCCAACUGCGAUUCAAGCUCAAGGUUGGCCAAUUGCCUUGUCUGGACGUGACAUGGUUGGAAUCGCUCAGACUGGAUCUGGGAAAACAUUAGCAUAUAUUUUACCGGCAAUUGUACACAUAAAUCACCAACCGAGAUUGAACAGAAGUGACGGGCCCAUAGCUCUCAUUCUAGCACCCACAAGAGAACUCGCACAGCAGAUUCAACAAGUCGCGUCAGACUUCGGUGUUUCCUCGCAAGUAAGAAACACUUGCAUUUUCGGUGGAGCUCCGAAAGGUCCGCAGGCUCGUGAUCUUGAAAGAGGAGUCGAAAUUUGCAUAGCAACACCUGGACGUCUUAUUGACUUUUUAGAGCGUGGCACAACAAAUUUACGUAGGUGCACGUACUUAGUAUUAGAUGAGGCUGAUAGGAUGCUCGAUAUGGGCUUCGAGCCACAGAUUAGAAAGAUCGUUGAACAAAUCCGGCCUGACAGACAGACCCUUAUGUGGUCGGCAACAUGGCCAAAGGAAGUACGCAAUCUGGCUGAAGAAUUUUUAACCGACUAUAUACAAAUUAACAUUGGCUCGCUGCAAUUAGCUGCUAAUCAUAACAUUCUCCAAAUCGUCGACGUAUGCGAAGAAUACGAGAAGGAGAGUAAGCUCAUGAAGUUGUUGGAAGAAAUUUCGAACGAGCCCGAGAACAAGACGAUCAUAUUUGUUGAAACCAAGAGGAAAGUAGAUGAUAUAACGCGCGCGAUAAAUAGGUACGGCUGGCAAGCAAUUGGCAUCCAUGGGGAUAAAAGUCAACAGGAAAGAGAUUACGUAUUAAAUCAGUUCCGGAAUAGCAGAUCUGCCAUUCUAGUAGCUACAGACGUUGCAGCAAGAGGAUUAGAUGUGGAGGAUGUUAAGUUUGUGAUAAAUUUGGAUUACCCGUCGAAUUCGGAAGACUAUGUACACCGGAUCGGUCGAACGGGGCGUUCGCAGCGUACAGGAACCGCGUACGCAUUUUUCACUCCGGGUAACGCACACAAAGCUAACGACUUGAUCCAAGUUCUCGAGGAAGCGAAGCAAGUCGUGAACCCGAAACUGUACGAAUUAUCAAAGAAUCCAGGCGUUUAUAAAAGAGGUCGUUACGGCGGACGUAGUGGGGGUGGUGGCGGUCGUGGUUCCGGCGGCCGUGGCGGUGGUUCCAGAGGUUCCAGAGGUGGUCGCGAUGGAGACCGGGGUGGUCGAUUUGACCGUUCCAAUGGUAGUGGAGGUGAUCGAGGAAAGUGGAAUGGAAAUAGUAGCAAUAUGGCUUCAAAUAAAAAUAUAGGUAUGGGCGGAGGCAGUUACAGUAGUAAAGCAUUUUCUCAGAACAGUUACGGUGGACCUUCCGGUGGUGGCUCCAGUGGUUACAGUCAGAACGGUGGAUAUGGUGGAAGUGGAGGUGGCGGAAGUAAUUAUAGACAAAAUGGUUAUUAAUUUUUAAAGCGAUUGUUUCUAAAAAGAAAGUUUUGUGUAAUAUAGUAAAAUAAGAAAAUUAUUCUAUCUGGAUAUCAUGUUCUUUAUAUGAUAUACUUUUCAUCGUAAUUAAUCGUAAACCAUAAGAUAU